AUGGUCAAGCCGCUCUCCUUCAAGGGCGACAAGAAGCCCAAGAAGCGCAAGAGAACCGAUUCAGAGCGCGAUAACGAUGCCAGCGGCUCUUCAUCAGCUGUCAAGCGCCGCGACGCCGAUAAUCAAGAGCAGCAGCAGGAUGCCGGCGAAGACGACAGCUGGGUCUCUGCCGAAGCUGUCACCGACCUUGUCGGCCCCGUCAUGAUUGUGCUGCCGUCGGACAAGCCAGCCGCGAUAGCCUGCGACGCCGCGGGCAAGGUCUUUGCGAUGCCGAUAGAAAACAUUGUCGACAACAAUCCCGUCACUGCCGAGCCGCACGAUGUCCGACAGGUCUGGGUGGCCAACCGCAUCGCAGGCACCGAGCACUUCCGCUUCCGUGGCCACCACGGGCGAUAUCUAGCCUGCGACAAGGUCGGCCUGCUCUCAGCUACAUCGGAAGCCAUCUCGCCGCUCGAGACGUUUGAUGUGGUUGCUACGGCCGACACGCCGGGGACCUUUCAGAUCAUGACACAGCGCGAGACGUUCCUCUCUGUGAAGGCGUCGACGUCGUCGUCGGUGUCUGCGAAAUCAGAGAUCCGAGGUGAUGCGGACGAAAUCACAUUCAAUACGACGCUGCGUAUCCGUAUGCAGGCGCGCUUCAAGCCGAGAACAAAGACGUCCAAGGAAGAAAAGGCCCUGGCUAAGAUUAGCAGGCGUGAGCUGGAGGAGGCCGUUGGUAGACGGUUGGAGGAGGAUGAAGUGCGCAUACUCAAGAGGGCGCGUAGAGAGGGUGAUUAUUAUGAGAAGCUGCUUGAUAUCAAGGUCAAGGGCAAGCAUGAUAAAUUUAGUUGA